AUGUAAUAUGAUCGAUCACUUUUGACAGUUGAUAUUUUAGGGGCCCAACCUAAAUCUAGAAAUUCUUACAUGAAUAGGUUAUUGCCACAUUAAAUGAGAUAUGAAGAACAAAUAAGAGUUUAGUAUUGAAUAUAAAAUCAUGAAAGACAACAAAUUCCAAAAUAAGAUUACAAAUUUGGAAGAAGAAGGUACUAACAUGAUUUCCAUCAUUUUUGCAAUAUAUGUAUUCCAUAAGGAGAAGAGUACUUUGAAAAAUCCAAUAAGAAACACUUUAUAAUUCCAGAAGGAGAAAUCAAAUAAUAUAAAGCAUUGGAGAAUUAUUAUGAUCAACCUAAGUAUGAUAAUUGUUUUUGAUGAGGAUAAAUUGAGGCUGAUAGGUUACUAUGUACAAAUGACAUUGAUGGAGCAGUUCCUGGUUCUUUAUAGAGUAAAGCAGUUCGUAAUCAGGAGGUAGCUUAAAAGUUGA